AUGAAAAAACGGAGAAGUAAGGUCACCAACCAGCUGCCAGAUUUUGCGGAUGAUUCGACAGCCGACCUGAACGAGAAGCUCGGUGGUGGCUUCCGCAAGAUCUUUGGCUCUAAGGCAACGAGCACCUCCGGUCCUCUUACUGGUUACAGAGACUUGGAGGGCCAGCCUGCUGUCGCCCCAGCUGGUGCUGGCUACCCCCAGGAUACUGAUGAGGACUUUGAAUACCGUGGAGUGUCCAACAGUAACAACCUCGAUUCGGUAUUCCGUAGUAGUGGUACCAACACUGGUAUGAAUAGCGGAGGACAAAACUCCAGUACUGGAAGUGUGAAGCAGCAGUCCCGGUUGAAUUCCGUUUACAACCCGAUGUCCACCAUGCAUGAAGGUGCAGCAGAAGAGAGUAAGGACAAUGUUUUCCAAUAUCCGAGCGAAAUUGUUCCCGAAGAUCAACUGCACAAUUUGUCAAGCGAAACCGAACAUGAUCGAUCUUCUGAAUUCGAGCUGGAAGACGAGCUAUUCUUCAACCGACAACCCAACCAUUUAUGGCAAAAUCAAGGUGAAGAUCAUAGUAACAAUUCGCGGCUGCGAUUUACUGAGGAAAUCUAG